UCCUAUAACCUCUGUAUAUUUCAGCACAUGUUCGAGAUCACCAUCCUCGAGAUAUUCUCCAGUAUGAAGAUUAUGAGAGUUUACGUAAACUAACUUGUAGAGAACUACAGCUGACAUACAGACCUGACUUAGUUGUUAAGCCGGAACAGGAGCGUAACGUGGAAAUUCCCAGCGGACAAGCUCAAAGCCGGGAUGAAGGAGAGGCUGGUGGCCUACGAGUCCACGGAGGCCAGGGUGGGUGAGAUGUACAUAUUCUAGUAGAAGUUGAAGAGGAAAUAUUUCCACGUGAAACCGUUGGAUCAUAAACAGUUGAAAACCUGGAACAUUCUGGAGAAUGUAAAACUAUAGUGUUCAGAAACAUUUGAUUAAGUACAUAUGAAAAAUUUACGUAUUGUAUGGUCUUUUCUGGAGAUCUUUUUUUGAAAUUUUAUCGUCAUUAAAGCCGGUUUAAUGUUGACUUGAGAGAUAAUCUAUGAACUUGUUUCCAGUAUAAGUAUUUUUUUCAGAAAAGGUCUUGUUUUUGUUUUGUUUGUUUUUGCAAUACAAGCGCCUAAUCAUGCCUGGAGGAAAUGAACCUAAAGCUAAGAAAAGGAGGAAGGGAGGAGACAGGAAGGAUAAAGAGAAACCUCUUCUCGUCAUUCAGGGUUUGCUGAAACUUGAUCAUUGUUUUGUGAAACCUAAGAACGAGGAUGCUGAGGUUAUCGAGGUUCAGGCCGGAGACAAGAAAAUGAAGAUUGUUAUGGCUCCAGAUGAGUCUAUGAAGUCUGAGCACGAUACAGUAGCGUAUAGAUCAGGAUAUGAUACUGGUCCCACCAACCCUCUACCUCAGGAUGAACGGGAGGAGGUGCUGUUUGCGCACAAGAAAGUGUACGAUGAUGCCGCAGAAUAUUUUGAGGAGAUGAAGAAGGAGACGGAGGAGAAGAGAGCAGAGAGGGAGGAGGUCUGGGCGGAGAAGGAACUCUCAGAGAAGGAGAAGGAGGAAGCUGCUGAAUUAAGGCGUGCUAAGAAGGAAGCAAAGCGUAAGCGUAAGGCCGAGAAGGCUGGAGAUAUUCCUGAGAUUGAUCCCUCUGCGUAUGGAUACGCUAAGGACAAUGACCCCGACAACCCUGAGAACUACCAUGCUCCUGACGAAGAAACACCGUUCGGAAGUCUUGCAAGGGGGGAACCGGGUCUUCCUGGUCUUGCAAUCCAGACCGGAGGGGAGAAGGAGAAAGGAGAGAAGGAGAAGAAGAAGGAAGUUCUUGUGGAGGGACCUCUUAAACCACCUGGAGAAGAAGAUGAACCUGAGGAGAAUAUGGAGAUCACUCAUAUGGAAGGAGACACUAGAACCGUUGUAUUAGAUGAAGGGAGUACUCGAACUGUAGUACUGGGGGAGGGGGAGGAACAGAGUGGGGAGCAAGGACCAUCACAGAUGAAAACACUCCCCGGGGAUGAAGAGGAGGACACAAUGGAGACUGAUCUCACCUCAGAGAACGUUGUCGACAUGGCGACUGCUGUCGCCCUCGAGAUGGAGGAGAAGAGGAGGAAGGAGGAGUGGGAGAAGAUGGAGGUUGAGGUCAAGACGAAAGAGUCUGCUCGGAUCCAGAGAGAGGCUGAGGACCUCCAACGCGAGGCUGAGCGAAGUGAAUUGAGUUUAGAUGAGUUGACCACCCUACGACAGCUUGAAGCUAAACUAGGCCACGCCCUCGGUCAAUCACAGGGACCUAUGAUACCUGAGCCUGGUGUUGGAGAUGAUUACAACCAGCGUCAGAUCCUGGAUGCGUACUGGGAGUUUGUGAGAGAGAAUCCGCAAGAUUUUAACGGUUGGGCCUACCUAAUCCAGGCUGCCGAAACAGUUGAUAUUAUGGACGAGAUACGUACUGUAUACAAUGCGUUCCUGCCCCUGUUCCCCUACUGCUACGCCUACUGGAAGCGCUACAGCGACCUCGAGAGGAAGAAGGAGAACUGGCAGCGCAGCCUUCAAAUCCUCCACCGAGGAUUGGAGGCUAUUCCUCUGAGUGUUGAUCUUUGGUUGGCAUAUCUAGAAUUAUUUCAUAAGAUGUACAGUACACAUGAUAAUUUCCAGUCCUUAUUCCGAGCCCAGUGUGAGAAAGCUAUUGCUACCUGUGGAAUUGAAUACAGAUCCGACAGCCUCUGGGAGUAUUUUAUAGAACGUGAAAUUGAGGCAAAGAAUUUGAGAUUUGCGACAGAUUUGUUCCGAAGAGUAAUUUCCAUCCCGACAAAACUAUACAACAAACAUUGGGACAACUUUAUAGCACAUGUUCGAGAUCACCAUCCUCGAGAUAUUCUCCAGUAUGAAGAUUAUGAGAGUUUACGUAAACUAACCUGUAGAGAACUACAGUUGACAUACAGACCUGACCCAGUUGUUCAGCCGGAACAGGAGCGUAAAGUGGAACUUCCCGAGGACAAGCUCAAAGCCGGGAUGAAGGAGAGGCUGGUGGCCAGUCUCGUAGUGGCCCACGAGACCACGGAGGCCAGGGUGGAUGAGAUGUACAUGUUCGAAGAGAAGUUGAAGAGGAAUUAUUUCCACGUGAAACCGUUGGAUCAUAAACAGUUGAAGACCUGGGACAUGUAUCUAGAUUAUGAGAUUAGGAAAGGAGAUCAUGAAAGGAUUGUUGUACUUUUUGAGAGGUGUUUGAUCCCUUGCGCGCUCUAUGAACAAUUCUGGGCAAAAUACGCGCGUUACCUGGAGAAAGCUCAUAAAGAGAAGAAGGACCUUCCGCGCGUCGUAGAGGAGGAAAUCGACGAGAACGGGAUCAGGAAGGCGAGGUCAGCCUUUAACACUGGCCUCGACAAGGUGGACGAACUCCAGGAUAAGAGGACGACCUGGACUAUGCGAGGCUGGAGGGAAACUUUGAAGGACGGAACUCAGGUUAUGAGAGCGGAGAAAAUAACAACCAAAGAUCUCGAGGCGGAGAAAGCUGAAACGGCGGAGAAAAAGGAGAAGGCAGCUGCGGAGUUAAAGGCGGACGAAGGAUUUGAGAAGGAUGGGGAUAAAGAGAAUGAGAACAAUGAGAAUAAAGAGAAUGAGGAAACAGACAAGGAUGAGAAAGCAGAAGGAGAAAAAGAAGGAAGUGAAAAAGAAACUAAGACAUAUAGCAACGAUAUUGAUGCUGAAAUGUCAAUGGUGGUGAUAUCCUCUGCUUGGAUGGAGAAGCGAGGCUGGGAGGCCGUUAGAGAUGUUUAUAAACGGGCCUGUAUCGUUCAUUGUCCCAAGAGGGCUGUUAUCAAGAUGAAAUGGGCUGCAUUUGAGGAGAAUGUGAAUAAUAUUGAGGAAGCUAGAGAGAUCCUUCGUCUUCUCAUUGCAAAAUAUCCAAUGUUGUUGGAAGCUAGGAUGCAACAGAUAGAUCUUGAACGGCGGCAGAAGAGCUUGGAUGUUGCGGACAAGAUGUACACGAAGCUGAUGAAGCAGAUCCCCACCAAGCACGACAAGUACAGGAACAUGAAGACAUGGAUUGCCAUGAAGUACGCCAGGUUCCAGUUCAAAGUUUGCAAUGACGUGGAAAAGGCUUUGGCGGCUCUACGUACGGCAUUAAAGAAGGAGCGAGGAAAUGCCCGGCUUUAUUCUCAGAUUAUAGAUAUGUGCUACCAGAGAACACCUAUUGAUGUCAACGGUGUAACUGCUGCCUUGGAACUCUCCCUGGUCUCCAAGGAUCUCUCCAACAUGGAGAAACUGGAGUUCGUCAAAAGGAAGGUCGAGUUCAUGCAGGAGUUCGGGGAUGUCGGCAGAUACCGUGAUGCGUGGGACCAACUUAAAGGAUUCCGACAUCUUUGCUCUGCAGAUCUCAAGGUCGAGGCUAAGAGGAAGAAGGAGCUGGAGGCAGAGGAGAAGAGAUACAGGGAGUUGGAGGAGAUGAAGUCGCAGGCCCGAGCUGAAGUGAAUAUGAAAGCUAAGCUGGCAGAGGCUGAAGGUCGUCUACUCUGUAGUAAAUGUCAAGGAGAUAUGUUACCUAACAAGGAUGGGGUUUAUGAAUUCGAGACGUUUAGACCAGGAUACUCGGGAGUUGUUCCGUAUUCUGAGAACCCUGCUGAGCAGCCCGUCCAGGUGGCCGAGGAGGGGGUCAUCGACCUCAUGGACUUUAACAUGGACCCUGACGAGGAGGAGAAGAUCAGACAAUCCCUCCAGGAGAAAACUAAAUACAAGGAGGUCGCACCAACUUGGGAGCUUAAUAUCGAGAAAUACGGAUACGGAGCUAAGAGGCGGGCGUAUGAUCCCGACUACGAGCACGUGGAGAACAGCAAGUACAGGGAGUAUGAGAGGUUGGAGAUGGAGGGAUACGACGAGGGAAUAAAAGAUCCAGAGGAUAACAGGAAAAGAAAUGUCCAGGCUGUUGGUCUGGGACAUAAGCCUGGUGAGUUUACCCCCGGCGAGAAGAAGUACACCACUUCGGACUAUAUAAUACCUCCGAAGGUUCCACAAAUGAGCAACUCAGUGGUCAAAGGGAAACCUAGUGCUCCGGGUGAUCUGACCGAGCAUGAGAUGCACGCGUUCGAGCUCCCGCCCGAGCUGGCCGACCCUCAGAAGUCCCCCUGCGUCAAUGUCCCGGAGUGGUUUGUACGAGAAGGCGGAGAACUCUGCUUGUCAGAUACUGCUAAUGGAACAUCAAUUAUCAGAUAUUGGCCCAAGUUCCUGUCUGAGAAAGGAAAUGAUCUAAUGUUGACAAGACUGAGGAAGUAUUGCCGUUGGCAUCAGAAGCAGGUGAAAGUUGGUGGAGAAUGGAAGUAUCAGCCCCGUCUUGUGUCCUGGUAUGGACCCUGUGACUACGCUUACUCUGGUCUAGUCAUGGAGAAGAAUCUGAACUGGGCUCCUGAGCUCCUAGAUCUACUCCACAGACUGAUUGGGAUGACAAGACACGAGUUUAACUCGUGUUUCCUCAAUCUAUAUAGACACGGAUAUGACAUGUGUGGAUGGCACUCUGACUCCCACCCCCAGCUGGGUAGGAACCCCCCGGUCGCCAGCGUGUCCCUAGGGGCCGUCAGGGUAUUCGAGCUCAGGAAGAAGAAGGGUGCUCCUAACUUUAUCCGGUUCCCUCUGUUCCCUGGUUCCCUACUCCUGAUGGAGGGAGCAGUACAAGAGGAUUGGUUGCAUUGUAUACCCAAGGAUCCAGCCUGUAAAGAGGAGAGGGUCAACCUUACUUUUAGGAUCAUGUACUCUGCUGCCAACAACGCCUUCUAGACCAUGUUCUUGAGGCUGGAGAGGGAGGAUAAGAAUUUAUUCAUUCAGGGACAACCUUUACCCCUUAGGUUGAAGAAACCGGACACGGAACUAUAUUUGUAUUUAUGUACAGUGCGUACAAGGUUUUAAUGUACUGCUUGUGUACAUCAUUGUAAUUUUCUUCAUGAUUAAAUUGUAUCAGAAAAUAAA